AUGUCUCUGGUGCAGCAUGUCUCUGCUCUUGAGGGAGUUGACCGUGAGCCGGAUACUGAUCUCGAUGACGAUUUUGUGCCAAUCGCGCGCAAGAUCAGUUACGAUGUGCUGUAUCCGGGUCAUGAUGCAUCCGCCGCCGAGCAAGCUCCCCAGGCUACACCUGCAUACAAUCACUCCACGGUAAAACGAGCAGCCCAAGUCGCGUUCACGAUUUUCGCGUGCUGGGUCGCGUCUGGCAUUGUGUUUGGAUUCGCCGCGCUCAAGCCUGUUCUUGUCGAGGAGGGUGUUUACCAUGAUAAUUGUUCUAAAAGUGAAUUGCGCGACGGAGUUGAGCUCUGCUUGAAGCAAGAUCUCAGACUGAAUUUUUUCUUCACCGUCGCGUCGAUCACGGCAAAUGUGUCCGCGCUCCCGGUCGGAACAAUACUUGACCGAUAUGGAUCGCGUCUCUGCGGUCUUAUCGGCUGUUUUCUUCUUGCCCUUGGCAGUGUACUGAUGGUGCUCUCGUUCCAUCUGCCCGGCUUCGAGGGAUUUAUUGCUGGCAACUUCUUCCUCGCCCUCGCUGGUACAUUCAUUUUCGUACCAUCUUUCCAAAUCGCCAAUGCGUUUCCCAGACAUGCCGGAAAGAUUGUGGCCCUCGUGACGGGUGCUUUCGACGCGUCGGCUGCGGUCUUCCUGUUCUAUCGAUACGCAUACGAGGCAUCCGGCAGAACAUUCACACCGGACAAGUUCUUCACGGGAUACCUGGCAGUUCCGGGCGCUAUUAUCCUCGCACUCUUAACUUUUAUGCCAAAGCGCGACUACCAAUCGACCCUGCAGCUCGAGAGCAGAAUCGAAGAAGCAGAAGACGCCACCCGAGACGUGCACUCAUCUGAUGACGAAAUUGAGAAUGCACGCGAGCUAAUUCGCGUCCGGAACAAGCGCGCCGACCUUCGAAAGAAGAAGAUUAACCAGAUUAACGAAGUCCUCGGAGGCGCAGAUGUGAGACAACAACGUGCAGAGUGGGAAGAAGACCGCCACAAUAUCAGUCAAGUGUGGGGUAUACUGCAUGGCCUGCCAGCCCAUAAACAGAUGGCUACGCCGUGGUUCAUUUUGAUCACUCUCAUGACCGUCUUGCAAAUGGUACGCAUGAACUAUUUCAUUGCCACUAUCCGGUCGCAAUAUGAAUACAUGCUCGGCUCCGAGGAACUGGCUGAGAAGAUCAAUGACUUCUUUGAUGUCGCUCUGCCUGUUGGUGGAGUUAUGUUUACACCCUUCAUUGGGUAUCUCCUUGAUCGAUUGAGUGUGCCGGCUAUGCUGGGUGUCAUUGUCGCUUUCACUACAAUCAUUGGUAUUCUCAACUCCAUCCCUGCCUUGUGGGCUGGAUAUAUGACGGUCAUUCUAUUCGUGCUGUUACGGCCGCUCUACUAUUCUGCAAUGAGUGACUAUGCCACCAAGGUCUUUGGCUUUGCCACAUUCGGGCGCGUUUACGGUUCCAUUAUUUGCUUAUCGGGACUUAUGAACUUUUCACAGUACGGGCUGGAUGCUCUUACUCAUGGGCCAUUUAAGGAGAACCCAAUCCCUAUCAAUGCGACUUUGGCAGUCGCUGGGUUUGUGGUUGGCGUCAUCCUCGUUACUUUUGUGUCCAUCGCAAGCAGACACCACAUCGCCCAGGAAGAGAGUAAUGAAGAUGAAAGAGAGCCACUGCUUUUAGAGGAAGAUGAACUUGAGUAUGGGUCGACCGUUUGA